AUGUCAGAGUUUCUCCUCCUGGGACUCUCCAAGGAGCUGGAAAUCCAGCCCCUCAUCUAUGUGAUCUUCCUGUCCAUGUACCUGACCACAGUCUUGGGGAACAUGCUCAUCAUCCUGGCCGCCAGCUCUGACCCCCGCCUCCACACGCCCAUGUACUUCUUCCUCUGCAGCCCGUCCCUGGUGGACAUCUGCUUCACCUCCACCACCGUCCUGAAGAUGCUGGUGAACAUUCAGACACAAAGGAAAGCCAUCAGCUAUGAAGGCUGCAUCACCCAGAUAUUCUUCUACAUCCUCUUCAUAAAUCUCGAUGACUUCCUCUUGACAGUGAUGGUCUAUGACCUCUUUGUGGCCAUCUGCCACCGCCUGCACAACACGGUCAUCAUGAACCCCCACCUCUGUGGGAGGAUGGUGCUGAGGUGCUGGGUGCUGGGUCUCUUGAAUUCUUCCAUGGAUGUCUCAGCGUCCUUGCGUCUGUCCUUCUGCCCCGAGGUGGAGAUCCCCCACUUUUUCUGCGAACUCAACCAGCUGAUAAAACUUGCUUGUUCCGACACUUUCCUGAUUUACCUGGUCAUUUACUGUGGUGUUCUCCUGCUGGGCGGGGGUCCUCUUCUUGGUAUUAUUUGCUCUUAG